AUGGCACCCCUCUUUGGCGAAUGCACGUUCGCCUUUGUCCCGAGCUCGCUGCUCACACCGACCCAGAUCGGCUCCUUCACCCAGAUCCUCGAGAAGCAUGGCGGCACCGUCCUGGAACCGGCCGAAGAUGGCUCCAUUCGCAUCGAGGAGAACGUCACCCACAUCAUCUCCAACACGAUCGAUUUCAAGCAGUUCACCGACAGCCAAGCCUACAUGAUCCCCGUCGUCACCCACCAGUGGAUCUCCUCGUCGCUGCAUCGCGGCAAGCAGGCCCAGGUCCGCCCGCACUCGCCCGACCCCCGCAUGAUCUUCUCCCAGGUCACCUUGUCGUGCGCCGACCUGCCCGUCAUUGACAAGGAGACCAUCAUCGGCGCCACCCUGGCCCUCGGCGGCAUGGAGUCGCCCGACAUUACGCGCCUGACGACGCACAUUUGCGCCCUGACCAUGGACCAUCCCAAGUGUCAGACGGCCGUGCAGAAGCAGCUCAAGGUCAAAAUCGUGCUGCCACACUGGUUCGAGGACUGCUUCAAGCUCGGCAAGCGCAUCGACGAAACGCCCUACCUCCUGCCGGAUCCCGAGAUCCUCCUCGCCGACCCCAGCGACGAGAUUGGCUUCCCCGAGACGAAGAACCUCGAGGGCGCCACCGACGCGAAUCCCAGCCCCGAGAGCUUCCCGCCCGUCAAGGGACACGUCGAGCCGUCCAUCAUCUUUCAAGGGAAGGCCGUCAUGAUCUCGAGCGAUCUCAACAUCACCAAAAAGGCCCACGCCAUAUGCCGCUCGCGCAUCACGCAGGGCGGCGGCGAAAUGGUCGCCGAGGUCGAGGACUGCGACAUGUACAUCUGCCAGUACCGCGACGGUCCAGACUACAUCAGAGCCGCCCAGCUCGGCAAGGAUGUCGGCAACCUGGCGUGGCUGAUGCACCUCAUCUCGCGCAACGAGUGGACGUCCCCACUCCGCCGCCUGCUGCACUACCCCGUACCCCGGGGCGGUAUCGACGGGUUCCAGGACCUGCGCAUCUGCGUCUCCAACUACGGCGGAGAGUCCCGCAUCUACCUCGAGAAUCUCAUCAAGGCCUGCGGUGCCACGUAUACCAAGACGAUGAAGACGGAGAACACGCAUCUCAUCACGGCCCGCGACAGCAGCGAGAAGUACGAGGCCGCCAAGGACUGGGGCAUCGAGACGAUCAACCACCUGUGGAUCGAGGAGAGCUACGCCAAGUGCGAAAAGCAGCCCGUCACCGUGGGCAAGUACGCGCACUUUCCGCCGCGGACCAACCUCGGCGAGAUCAUCGGCCAGACCUUCUUCGACGAGGCGCAGCUGCGCGACAAGUUCUACCCCGGCGGCGCGGCGGUCCGCAAGUCGUCGCCGCGGGCCGCGAAGAAGCGCAAAAUCCUGGACGCCGCCCAGGACAACGCCUACAAGAGCGGCCCCGCCGAGGGCGCCGUCAUCGGCCGUCAGGAGCACCGGGACUUUGACGUGCUGCAGGACGAGGCGGACGAGUACGCCGAGAAGACGCGGAAGCAGUUUGGCGUGUCGGCGCCGCCGGGGGAAGAGCCGUUCGCUACGCCCGCGCGGAACAUGCCCGUGCGCGGCAAGGAGAACGAGACACCGACAGCGAGGUCGACCGGCGGCCGCAGCGCCAAGAGCAAGGCGCUGAGCAACCUGCAGCGCAUCGCGCCCGACAUUGCGCUGUACGAGAAGGAGAAGAAUCGCAAGAGCAAGGACGGCAUGUGGGGCGGCAAGCGCGCGGCCGACAUGCUCGAUCGCGACCAGGAGGCGCGGACGUCGAGCCCGGCGCAGGCGGAUGAUGACGAGGUGGCGGAGAAGCGCGCGGCCAAGAGGCGGCGGUCGUCGAAGCCUGACGGCGUCAUCAAGGUCAUGCUGACGGGGUUCUCGCGAUGGCUCAACGACAAGCACAAGGAGGACGUCGAAAAGAGGAAACUACGGGAGCUCGGCAUUCACAUCGUCUCGGAGAAUCAACCGUGCGACUACCUGGCGGCGCCCUUCAUGGUCCGCACCGUCAAGUUCCUCCGCACCCUCGCCAAGGGCGUCACCAUCCUGUCGUCCGACUUUAUCGAGACGGCGCUGACGGACGGCAUGGCGCCCGAUCCGACGGACCACAUUCUCGUGGACGAGGAGAACGAGGCCAAAUUUGGCGUCCCGCUGCAGACGGCCGUGUCGCGCGCGCGCGCCAACAACGGCAACCUCCUGCGCGGGCUGCCCAUCUACUGCACGUCGGGGAUCCGCAACGGGCCCGAGAGCUUCCAGCCCAUCGUGCAGGCCAACGGGGCUCAGUUCCUGACGUACAACGCGCGCAGCGGCACGACGAUCAAGCCGACGACGGCCGAGGAGGACGGCGGGGCGGCGCCGGACCCGGUGUACCUGCUCACGUCGGACACGGCCGAGGAGAAGAAGCUGUGGCCCAAGUUUGAGGCCAUGGCGGAGCGGGGCCACAUGGAGCCGCGGAUCGUGGCGGCCGACUGGCUGCUGGACGUGGCCAUGACGCAGCGUGUUUCGUUUGACGAGAAGUAUCUCGCCGUCAACUUUUUCAAGCAUUAA